UGCAUCUUCUAUCUCUUCAGACAAAUUCCCCUUUCUCUCUUUCCGUGCAAACCCUAACCCUAGCUUCACCGCCAUGGCCAAGAAGCGAAAGCAACCGCAACGUUCACCCGCCGUCGAACCCGCCGCCAAGCCCGUCGACGUCGAACCCCAAGACCAAGACUCGGUGGAACUCGACCACCAACAACCCCCUAACCCUGAACCAACCACUGACCUAGACCAAUCCAACAACACCAUGGCCGUCGAUGAAGAACCAGAAGAACAAGAUCAGGAAACCGAAGAUCAGCCUCAAAUCGACGACGCCGUGGAAGAGGAACAAGACCCAGAAGCACCAGCAACAACAGAGUCUGAACCACAACAACAACAAGAAACCCUAGAAGAUAACGCUGAUGCUCCAAACGAAUCUUCCGCUGCCGCCGCCGCCGCCGCCGCCGCUUCGGAAUCGGUUGCGAAUGGGAGCAACAACAACGAGGAGGAAGAAGAGGAAGAGGAUCUCGAAUUGGAGGAGGAACCCGUCGAGAGGCUUCUGGAGCCAUUCACGAGGGAGCAGCUGCACUCUCUGGUCAAGCAAGCGGCGGAGAAGUACCCUGAUUUCGUCGAGAAUGUUCGCCAGCUCGCCGAUGUGGACCCCGCUCACCGGAAGAUCUUUGUUCAUGGCCUCGGCUGGGACACCACCGCUGAAACGCUAACCAGCGUCUUCAGCAAGUACGGUGAGAUCGAGGAUUGCAAGGCGGUUACCGACAAGGUUACUGGGAAAUCGAAGGGAUAUGCAUUCAUCUUGUUCAAGCAUAGGGACGGUUGUCGCAGGGCUCUGAAGAAUCCUCAGAAGAAGAUUGGGAACCGAACGACCUCGUCUCAGUUGGCAUCCGCUGGACCGGUGCCGGCAACGCCGCCGAAUGCUCCUCCGGUUUCUGAGUACACCCAGAGGAAGAUCUUUGUGAGCAAUGUGAGCUCGGAUAUUGAACCAUUGAAGCUGCUUGAGUUCUUCAAGCAGUUUGGGGAGGUUGAAGAUGGUCCCUUGGGGCUUGAUAAGAACACCGGGAGGCCGAAGGGGUUUGCGCUUUUUGUUUACAGGUCGGUGGAGAGUGCCAAGAAGGCUUUAGAAGAGCCAAACAAGGAAUAUGAAGGGCACACUCUGUAUUGUCAGAAGGCUGUGGAUGGUCCUAAGGGGAGCAAAGGGUAUCAUCAGAACCAGCACCAGCACCAGCACCAACACCAUUCUCACCAUCAUCAGCCUCACUAUCAGCCGCAUAAGAAGCACAAGUACAACUCUGGUGGUGGGCCAUCACAUGGUGGUGGUGGUCACCUGAUGGCGCCAUCGAAUCCCGGCAUGGGAGGUUAUAACCCUGGUGUGCAGGGUCAGGGGUUGAACCCUGCUCUAGGGCAGGCUUUAGCUUUGCUUGCUAAUCAAGGAGCUGGGUUGGGGCUUGGGAACCUGCUUGGAACUUUUAGUGGUGCACCAGUGAACCAGGCUGGACCACCUGCUGCUGCUCCUUAUGGUAAUCAGGCUCCCAUGAACUAUGGGAACCAGCCAGGGAUGCAACCGGGAUACCAGAAUCCUCAGAUGGGACAGAACAGUGGUGUUAGACCUCACCCUGGUUCUGGAGCUCCCUAUAUGGGUCAUUAGGGGUUGGCUUGCCUGACACGUAAGUCCUUGCCACUUCAUCAUAACUUCUGAGAUUUGCAUUUGGAGCUUGGAUCCUUCCAUUCACUGCCAAGGCUAGAAGUGGCCACACUUGGUGGGUGCGUUGCUCUCACUGUGUACAAGUGUGCCCUGUGCUCUCUCACAAUUGGUAUGAUCUUUUCUUUUGCUAUUGACUGUGUGUAUUGUGGUAAAGUUAAGUUCGGCAACUUGCCUUCUUUUGACUCAAGGAAGCUUUUAAUUGAUUUUUGAAAAUGAUUCUCUCAAGAGUUCAGCUUUUGAAUUUCAAAUUUAUUGCUUUUUUACGUAUAACUUCUUGGAAAACUGCCCAAUUUGAUAUUUUGUUUUGGCCUUGAUGAAGCUAAUAAUACCUUGUAAAGCUCUAAGAUGGCAGUUUCCUUUUUUGGUAAAAUUGAACUCUAAACUAAGUUGUUUUUGCCAAAAUUUUCAUUCAAAUCUGGUCAUGAACAAUUGCUUUUUCUUGUUGCCAAGAUGAAGUGCAUAUGAAAGCAGAACUGAACUGGGCAUAAGGUGUAUUUUAAAGAAACUUCUAACAUUUCCGCUAAGUUUUUCUGUGCGUAAGUUCAAGAAUGCCAAAUGAUAGCAUGCUUUUGAGAUAUUGAUCCACAGCUUGAGAAAGAUCUCUAUAUGAUGGCUGCAUGCAUGGACCUUAAACAUCCACAAGGUAUUAUGGACUUGUGAUGUGAUUAACCCAGGGCCUUAUAUUGGGAAAUUGUACUGAUGAUGCCUAAGACGAUAUUUGAAGAGGAUGCGUAGUUUGUCAUAUGUUUGUUAGAGCUGCAAUGAAGUUGGAGAGGUUGAUGCAUAGUUGCUCAACAUUCUUGGAUGAUUGGCACACAAUCUUUAACAUGUUGAGGUUGUUUAUACAACCUAUAAUUUUGCAUUUCUGUACGUCACAUCAUGUGAAUAGGAAUUGGAUUAUAUAUUGCCAUUGGGAUUAGAUGCUUAUUCA